CAGGCGCUGAACCGAUGCGUCAAGACCCCCUGCUGCGAGUGGUCCGUGCUCCCGUUCUGGGGUAAGUUGAUGCCAAAAAGUUGUCGGGAGUCGGGUGCAGCCAGUUCGAGUCGAGUUCCCUCGGAAGCAUCCUGCCCGUCUUCAGGAAAGCCAGCACGCAGCACAGCCAAGAUGCAGCCCACGAGGGCAUUACUGAAGCGGUCGAUCUGGAAGGGGCCACACAUUGUACCCCUCCCCCUCGUCAAGCCCGUGCCCGGCAAGUUCAUGGCCCCGAUCCGCACGCAGGCCCGGUCGGCCACCAUCCUGCCCAGCUUCGUGGGCAUGAACUUUGAGGUGUACAACGGCAAGGUGUAUAACCCCGUGACCAUCACCGAGGACAUGGUGGGGCACAAGCUGGGGGAAUUUUCGCAGACACGGAAGCCGUUCAUCUAUGACAAGCGAUAAAGGAAGGGCGUAUUGUGACGAGGACAGGGCAAGACUAUCUCGGGCGCAUCCGGAGGGAGAACACUGGCCUGAUGUGGAGGACUGGACGAGGCGUAUGGUCAUGCGACCACCCUGGGCCGGCACGGCAGUAGAUGGGACCAGUGAGCCGAGGUGGACGGGACAACACUGGCAUGGCAGUCCAAGGACAUUUCGUUAGAGCUGCUAGAUGAGCUUUGCUACUGCACCGAGCCGCAGUCUGCUCGCCAUUGUUAUAAAGUAGGCUCCUACUACUGCUAUUACGGCUGACUUGCCGCAACUCUCAAUCUGGAUAUCCCUCCUUAGUUAUGGUGGCUCGUCACCCAAAUCCCUGUGCAUAAAAAGAAGUGCAGACUUGUCCGCCCCCCAAACGCCGUGAUCCACCCCGUCCGUGAAACGCCUUUCGAAAAUGAUACCGUUGCCGCGCGCCCAAUCGGUAUGUGCAGUAGACAGGCAGGCAGCCUGCAUAGGUGCGAUAGAGGAAGCCCUCAUGCCGGGCCCAACAUCCAUCCAGUCCAAGUAAGUCUCCAGACCAGACCUCCCUCCCUCACAGUCAUCAACAGCCCCCCCACACAGCUCACCGGUAGAACUCGCUCCUCUUGACGUUGACCCCAUACUCCCCAACCGCCAUCCCCAGAUCCUCCAUGGUGAGCACGGUCCGGUUCUGGCUCCCGCCCUGCCCGCCGCCGCCGAAGCCGGGCCUCUGGAUCCCCAGCAGCGCCUGCCCCGCGGCACCAGCGGCAGACGCGCCGCCCUGCCCGCCCUUGCCGCCGC